AUGAUCGUCAACGGUGCAUCUGAUACUAUUUUGUGUCGUUGUUUUCCAAAUUAUUUAGACGGUCCUGCACUUGAUUGGCUUUGUGCUUUGCCUGCAGGUUCAAUUUUACGAUUCCAACAGCUGGCCAAGCUAUUUGAGGAUCACUUUGCUGGCUCCGCAAUUUAUCUGCAUGACUCAGAUUAUCUGAAUACAAUUAAGCAAAGACAAAAUGAGAGCCUAAAAGACUAUAUGACUCGUUUUACGAAGGUCGUCAUAAGCAUACCUGAUCUCCACCCUGAAGUUCGCCUUCAUGCCAUCAAAAGCGGACUUCGACCUGGGAAAUUCCAAGAGACAAUCGCCGUAUCUAAACCAAAAACACUCGCCGAGUUUCGAGAGAAAGCAAAAGGCCAGAUUGAUAUUGAGGAGUUGAAACAAGCUCGGAAGUCCGACAAAACAAACUACAGAGACGAGGAAAAAGUGCAUAACAGUAAGAAAAAUUUUAAACUAACCCCUCGUUUUGACUCUUAUACACAGUUCAACGCUAAACGGGAGGAUAUAAUCAAAGAGAUCCUGAACUCCAAAUUAAUCAAACCACCAAGAAAAGCGGGGACAUAUCAGGACACAAAACACGUCGACAAAUCUAAGUACUGCACUUUCCAUCAGAAGCACGGCCACACAACCGACGAAUGUGUCGUCGCAAAAGACCUCUUGGAACGAUUGGCUCGGCAAGGGCACCUUGACAAGAGGAGAUGCUAG